AUGGCGCAAGCAGACCUGGAAAAGACUGGAUCGAGAAUCAAGGUCCUUGUCUUGUACGGCAGCCUACGGAAACGAUCGUACUCCAAGCUUGCAGCCUACGAGGCAGCACGUAUUCUACAUCGCCUAGGCUGCGACGUGCGCAUCUUUGACCCGUCGGGCCUGCCCAUCCGAGACUCUGUCGAUGCAGACCAUCCGGUAGUGCAGGAGCUCCGCCAGCUCUCGCAGUGGAGCGACGGGCACAUUUGGUGCUCACCCGAGCAACAUGGCAACCUGACGGCCGUUUUCAAGAACCAGAUUGACUGGAUCCCGCUGUCCCAGGGCUCGAUGCGACCGACCCAGGGACGCACGCUGGCAAUUGUGCAGGUCAAUGGGGGUAGCCAGUCUUUCAACACGGUCAACAGCUUGCGCGUGCUCGGACGGUGGAUGCGCAUGUUUACCAUCCCCAACCAGUCGAGCAUCCCGACGGCGUACAAGCAGUUUGAGGACGAGGGCGGCGAUGGAAGCGGUCAGGCUCGUCUGCUGCCCAGUGACAAUCGGAACCGCCUAGUGGAUUGCAUGGAAGAGUUUGUCAAGUACACUAUAAUCAUGCGGGAGUAUGUCGAUUUAUUCUCCGACAGAUAUAGCGAGCGACUGGAGAAGGAAGGGCGGAAAGUUGAAGAAUUUGCUACGAAUGCGUUGAAAUGA